AUGGUGAAAAUCUUCAUCGGGAACUUGUCUCCAGACACCACGGCAGAGGAGUUGCGUUCCCUCUUCUCCCAGUAUGGAAAGGUCUCAGAGUGUGACAUUGUCAAGAACUUUGGCUUUGUGCACAUGAACGUCAAAGCCGAAGCGGAGGAGGCCAUCAAGAACCUCCACCACUAUGAGCUCAACGGGGAGCAGAUGAACGUGGAGAUGAGCCGCGGCAGACCCAAAGCCUCCACCAAGCUGCACGUGGGCAAUAUCAACAGCAGCUGCACCAACCAAGAGCUGCGUGCCAAGUUUGAGGAGUACGGCCCCGUGGUGGAGUGUGACAUAGUCAAGGACUAUGCCUUUGUCCACUUGGAGCGUGUGGAGGAUGCCAUGGAGGCCAUCAGUGGAUUGGACAACACAGCCUUCCAAGGUGAACUCACACAGGCAGGGCUUGGUUGGUCAGUGGCUGGUGUGGUGUAGGUCUCCCCCUGGUAAUUAGAAUGAGCUCUAUUCACUAACAAAACUGAUAGGUAAGUCAUGGAUAAAGGUAAGUGGUGAAAGAGUAAGGGACAGUCAACCGCUAUCUCAAAAUGCAUCAAACACGUUGUACACAUUUCCCCCCAAGUUCAGGCCAGAAUUUGGCCUCUAGAUUUGCCUGCAUAGAACAUGGAACAAUCGUCAGGUUUCACUUGCAGAGGAGUUCCAAAAUGAAUGCUAUUGGGGUAAUAGUUUAGUUAGUGCCUGGGUUUUAUCUUAUUUCGUAGAGCAUGUGCAUAGAUGGAACAGUUUAUUGUAUCGUGGUAAACUCUUGCGUCUUUCUUUUUUAAGGCAAACUGAUGAGCGUGAAGCUUUCGACUAGCCGCCUGCGUACUGCGCCGGGCAUGGGAGAGAGGACGGGUUGUUAUCGGUGCGGGCAGGAAGGCCACUGGUCCAAAGAGUGCCCGCUCGACACGUUGGGCAACUACAGAGAGGGUGCUGAGCCAAGCUCUGACGGAUUCAAUGGCGGUGCCCCUAGGUUCGGCGGGGGCAGUCGCGGUGGCCGCGGUUAUCACCGGGGCUUGAGUGGCAGCAAUCCAGGUUACAGUGGCGGUGAUCCAGGUUACAGUGGAAGCUAUGCUCCCGCGCACGGCUUCGGCAGCAGGGAGUCUGCUUACGGCAGCGGCCGUGUGCCCGUGUACGGCAGGGGCGCAGGCUACGAGAGCGCAUUGAGUUACGGGGUCCCGCCGGGUUACGGAAUGAGCGCCGCCGAACAUAGCAUGGCCCGGGUGUACGCCAGCGAGGCAGCGUACGGAGGCAGCAGCUGGAGCCACGGCGUGGUCCCAGCCUACCCUGUGCGCCGGUCAUCGUAUGAGGACCGGGAUCCGUAUGGCGCCGUGGACUUCUACGAGAAGUACCGGGCUCGCCCGUAUGGAGGCAGUUAUUUCGAAGAGCGCCGGUCUGUCCCUUUGCCCGGCCCACCUCCCCCUUCCUCCUCGGCCAUAAUGAGGGAGCGCCUGCCACCCUCUAGCCUCGACCUAUACGAGCGCCGUCCCCUCCCUUCUCCACCAGCCCCCCUCUCCUCAUACUAUUCCCGCGACCGGAGCCCGAUCCGGCGAAUCCCUACCGAGGCCUACGCGUACGAGCGCGCGCGCCUCUCCCCGGUGUCCUCCCUCCCCAGAAGCUCGGCUUACGACAUCCCGCGGGACCCCUAUGCCGAGCGGGCGCGCUAUGCUUACUAA